AUGCACGAUCCUCGUGAACCACACUUCAAUGCAUUGAAGCGGAUUCUCCGGUAUGUCAAAGGUACCAUAUCUCAUGGCCUCCACAUCUACCGUUCCUCUCCUCUCACGCUUACGGCAUACUCAGACGAUGAUUGGGCUGGCUGUCCCAACUCGCGACGCUCUACUUCCGGAUAUUGUGUCUUCCUCGGUGACAAUCUUCUGUCAUGGUCAUCCAAACGCCAAGCCACAGUCUCACGCUCAAGUGCAGAGGCCGAGUAUCGCGGCGUCGCUAACGCUGUUGCCGAAACUACGUUCCUCCGCAAUCUCCUUCUUGAAAUGAAGAUCACCAUCCCUCGUGCCACGAUCGUCUAUUGUGACAAUGUCAGUGCCAUCUACCUCUCUACCAAUCCAGUUCAACAUCAGCGCACCAAACAUGUCGAGAUAGACAUCCAUUUUGUUCGAGAAAGAGUUGCCAUUGGUGAAGUCAAAGUUCUCCAUGUUCCAUCAGCACGACAAAUUGCAGACGUCUUCACCAAAGGCCUCCCGUCGGCCCUGUUUCAGGAGUUCAAGAACAGUCUCAGCAUCCGUUCUCCUCGACGCUAA